AAAGAGCCACGACACUGCCUUCCCACGGCACAAAACAGAAGCGCUACCAGCUGGUGUGUCUAUAAAGGACAAGCAUCAUCGACUUGGAAAGAGAGAUUUGACCACGCUCGGCUUUCUUCUGACGUGUCACACAGCAUAAAAACGAAUUAAGGGAAUGUUUCUCCAGCUGAGCCGUGCGAUCCGUACCGCACCUGCCCUCCGUUAUGGCAUCCAUUCUGGGACGCGCCCCGUCUCAACUGCUGCCUCCAAAAAGAGGGUUGAGCGCUCGUUGACUUCUGAGGAAAUCUACGCUCGUGAAGGCAAGCAUGGAGCUCACAACUACCAUCCCCUUCCUGUGGCCCUGGAGAGAGGAGAAGGCGUCUAUGUGUGGGAUGUGGGGGGCAACCGGUAUUUUGACUUCCUCAGUGCAUACAGUGCUGUAAACCAGGGCCACUGCCAUCCCAAGAUCAUAGCUGCACUCACUUCCCAAGCAUCUAAGCUCACCUUGACUUCCAGAGCGUUCUAUAAUGAUGUGCUGGGAGCCUAUGCGGAGUAUAUCACCAACAUGUUUGGCUAUGAUAAAGUUUUGCCCAUGAAUACAGGUGUUGAGGGUGGUGAGACUGCCUGCAAGCUCGCACGCAAGUGGGCCUACAAUGUAAAGGGGAUACCCAAAAACAAGGCAAAAAUCAUUUUUGCAGAGGGAAACUUCUGGGGCCGCACCAUGGCAGCCAUCUCCAGCUCCACUGAUCCCAGUAGCUACGAAGGUUUUGGCCCCUAUAUGCCAGGAUUUGAACUGGUCCCAUUCAACGACAUACCUGCACUAGAGAAAGCCCUUCAAGACCAAAAUGUUGCAGCUUUCAUGGUGGAGCCCAUCCAAGGGGAAGCUGGUGUGGUGGUGCCCGACCAGGGCUACCUGACUAAAGUCAGGGAACUUUGCACAAAAUACAAUGUGUUGUGGAUUGCUGAUGAGGUGCAGACAGGCUUGGCACGUACUGGCCGACGGCUGGCUGUGGACCACGAAGAAGUUCGUCCGGAUGUGGUCAUUCUAGGCAAAGCUCUUUCUGGAGGAGUUUACCCAGUAUCUGCUGUACUGUGUGAUGAUGAGAUAAUGCUGACCAUCAAACCUGGUGAGCACGGCUCCACAUUCGGAGGUAACCCAGUGGCCAGUCGGGUAGCUAUUGCUGCGCUAGAGGUGAUGGAGGAGGAGAAACUGGCAGAUAAUGCCCAGAGGAUGGGGGAAAAGCUGCGGGCUCAGCUGAACAAGCUGCCCAAAGACAUAGUGACAACAGUGAGAGGAAAAGGCCUCCUCAAUGCAGUCGUCAUCAAAGAGACCAAAGACUACGAUGCGUGGAGAGUGUGCUUGCGUCUUCGUGACAAUGGUCUGCUGGCAAAACCCACCCACGGUGACAUCAUCCGCCUGGCUCCUCCCCUCAUCAUCAAAGAGGACGAGCUAGAGGAAUGCAUUGAUAUCAUCCAAAGAACCAUCAUGUCUUUCUAAAUAACUGAACAUCACACUGACAUCCUUCAGACUACUAAUUUGCAUUAGCUUAAGCUAUGGUCGGUCAAAUAGCUAGUUUUUUUCUUUUUUCCAGUAGCAGUAUUUCCGGGCUGGGCAUUGCUGUAGAAAUACAGUAUAAAAGUACUGUGUAUUUAGUGUUUGCGUCAUUGAGCACACUGACACUGAACAGAGAAACUACACAGCCACAGGAAAGAGUGCAAUUGUUAGAACAGUGUUUGUAGUAAUAUUUGCUUUUAGACUGUCAGUAAAUGGAGUAAAGGAUGAGUUUUCUUUCAAAAAAUUUUAUUUUAAAAAGGAAAAGGUCAAAAGUUACAAAAGAUUUUAGUUUUAAUAAGCCUUCACAAGGCUGAAUGAACACUAUCUUGUGUAAGUGAACAACAAAUUUAUUAGUCUGCUGUUACUCUUUUUUUUUUUAAUUAGACUAAAGACAUAAUUGCUGUUUCAUUUCAUGAAAACUACCUUAAGGAGCUUUAGAAGUCAAUACAUUUAUAAAAGUUUUAAAUCCCACGUCCUUAAAAGCACAUUUUUAAAAAUCAAAAACAAAAGCUAAAUUAUUAAUAAGGAUACAAAUGAUUGUGCAUUGCUGGAAGAAACGAUCCCAUAUGAUUGUAAUAAUUUACACUUCAUACUGAAGGAUUUGGUAUUUUGAUUUAUAUAACAUCAUAUUGUUUAAGGACUGCUCAAUCUUGGGAAGGCUUAUGCUGCUAGCUUUGUUUGGCAUGGAGUUAAGAGUUUACUGUAUUCAUGUUUUACAUUUCUACAGUAUGUAUAAAUUGUCAUCUUACGGCAAUGUUACCUUUAUGUUGUUGCAUCUGUUUCGCUCUAAAUAAAUUAUUAAACUCAAAUUAUUCA